AUGUCAAUUCACGCUAACGCCCAGUCUCCCUCCCACCCUUUCAACAACCUUGCCUAUCUCACACGAUCCGACCUCCAGUCUGCCUGCGCCGCCAUCCUCAACCCACUCAAACCCCUCUUCACAGAAGGUAGCACACGUAUCAAGAUAGGAACCUCCACAACACGUUUCGACGAGGGCGGCGCACAGAUAGAAGGCUAUGCCAGGCCAUUAUGGGGCCUCGCCUCACUUCUAGCUGGCGGGUACGAAUAUGAUGUCGAACGCUGGCGCCAAGGUCUCAUCAACGGGACGAAUCCGUCGCACCGGGAGUUCUGGGGCGACAUCGAAGACCUGGAUCAGCGAAUGGUAGAGAUGUGUCCCAUUGGCUUUGCGUUGGCUGUUGCACCAAAUAUCUUCUGGGACCCGCUGAGUGAGAAGGAGAGAGGGGAUGUGAGUCGCUGGCUCGGCAGUAUCAAUGAAAGGGAGAUGCCGAAUACAAAUUGGCUAUGGUUCCGCGUGUUUGCCAACUUGGGACUUAGAAAGAACGGUGCGCCAUACUCGCUUGCCCGCAUCGAGGCUGAUAUGGAUCAUUUGGAUACGUUCCAUGUUGGAGGCGGGUGGAGUAAUGAUGGGCCCAAGAGUCAUCAUCAGAUGGAUUAUUACUCCGGUUCGUUCGCCAUACAGUUCUUGCAGCUUCUUUACUCGAAACUGGCAGGUGACUUUGAUCCGGAGCGUGCUGAGCGGUAUCGCCAGCGCGCAAGAGAGUUUGCCGUGGAUUUCGUGCAUUAUUUUGAUCCCAAUGGCAGCGCGAUACCAUUUGGUCGCUCUAUGACCUACCGCUUCGCCAUGGUUGGAUUCUGGGGCGCACUUGGUUUCGCAGAUGUUGAGCUCCCAGCGCCAUUGACAUGGGGUGUUGUGAAAGGAAUCCUGAUGCGUCAUUUCCGGUGGUGGUCUACACAGAAGGAUAUCUUCAACAAUGACGGCACGCUCAGUCUCGGUUAUACAUACGCCAACAUGUAUCUCACGGAGAACUACAACUCCCCAGGAUCGCCAUAUUGGUGCUGUCUCUCAUUCAUACCGCUUGCGCUACCAGAGACUCAUCCAUUUUGGUCCGCGCAAGAAGAACCGUAUCCGUAUCUGCCUCAGGUCGCUGCAUUGGAGUACCCUAAGCAUAUCGCCAUCCGCCGUGGUGGACACUCGUUUAUACUGUCGUCUGGCCAGGCCUGUCAUUACCCACUGAAAGCAACACAGGCCAAGUAUGGAAAAUUUGCCUACAGUUCCGCUUUUGGAUACUCCGUUCCAACCGGUGGGUAUCAAUUGGAGCAACAUGCCCCGGACAGCAUGCUUGCACUCUCAGAGGACGGAGAGACUUGGCAGACCAGAAGAAUUGCUCUCGAUGCACGAUUCGAGCACCAAGAUGGACAGCCGGUACUUGUCUCUAGCUGGAAACCAUGGACCGAUGUCCAUGUCGAGACAAUCCUCAUUCCGCCAACGGAAGAAAACGAAAAUUGGCAUCUACGAGCGCACCAUGUUCGUACGGGUCGUGACUUGCAGACUUCAGAAGGAGCCUUUGCUAUCUAUGGAUGCCGCAGUGAUAAUGGGCGUAUUCUGGGGCCUAUGUCUGAUGGUGAAGGGACUGCACAUGAUGAUCGCAGUGGACUGGUGGUUUCGUCUGCUGGUGCUGUGGGCAUUGUCGAACUUCACUCUUCACUUGAGCGGGUUGGAAGGAUUGUCCUGGCUGAUCCUAACUCCAACAUCAUCCAUGGACGUACACUUCUCCCAUCACUCUCGGUGGACUUGAAGACUGGUCAGGAUUGCUGGUUUGUGUCGGCUAUUUUUGCCAUGCCUGGAUCGGGGGAUUGGCAUGGUUGGGAGAAGAGACCUGUCAUUCCAGAAUGGUUGAAGGAGAGAAUCUCCAUAUAG